ACCUGGUCGCAGCUCAAGUUCGCUCGAGUGAUAUCAGCUGCCUUCCUUUCCUCCGCACAACAAGUCUCUCAUUGCAGACCCUCCCUCGCAGAAUGACAGUGGCUAUACCACUUGAAUUACACAAAUAAUCGAUCCGAAGAUAAUCACCCGAACCGACGCCGCAAACUCGUCGCACGACAUUAGAAUAAUCGUCGAUUUCCCCGACCUCUCCAACCCACCCUCGACCUCAAUCCAACAAUGGAGCGCCUCUCAAUUAACGACCCCCCAUCCGGUGGCCAGCAAGGAAUCCCCCCGCCGGGAUUAUCGCAGCAGCAGCAGCAGCAGCAGCAGAACCAAUCCCUCGGCCCCAUGACGCAAACGCAGGGUCCCCCGCAGUUACCACCGCAGAUGUUCACGACCGCUGCCCAGCUACUCGAUUUGACAGACAAGAAACUCGUCCUUGUUCUCCGCGAUGGGAGGAAACUGAUCGGCGUGUUGCGGAGUUGGGAUCAAUUCGCCAACCUUGUUCUUCAAGAUACCGUUGAGCGAUUGUACGCUGGGAAUCUCUACGCUGAUAUCCCGAGGGGGAUUUUCCUUGUGAGAGGGGAGAAUGUGUUGUUACUUGGUGAAAUUGAUCUCGACAGGGAAGAUGAACUCCCCACUACCGUCCAACGGGCUUCCUUCCAGGAAGUGUUUGAGCUUAAGCAAAAGGAAGAAGAACGCCGCAAAGGCAACGACAAGAAACGACACGGCAAACUUCGGGGCCUCGGUUUCGAGGCCGAGCAUAGCGGGGAGAUUUUGUUCUAGAUGGAACAUUCAGAAUCCCCUUUCUUUAGCCCCCAUCGUGUUUGGGGGGCAUCAUAAGCAGCGGGGCAACAUCUACUCGUGACCCAGAAUUCUAUACGUCUCGACAGAUUCAACGCUCUGGGCGUGCCCCCUCGACGGUCGCCAGCUCGUUCUGGCUCUCCUUCAUGCGAUAAGUUGCCAAGGAGAAAUACUCAAUAGAUCUAGGGGGAGAAGGUGAGGUACCAAGGCAGCGCGCCUAGAGUGUGAUGGGUUUGGCCAUCGAACCGGGCAGUACGAAAAUCCGAUCAAGGAGUAAGGAGGAUGAGUGAUGUUCACGAGUCACGGAGGUAAUGAGGGUGAAUCUGUUGGAGUAUAAGAAAGAUCAAUCAUGCUUGACGAUGUUUAUGCCUCGAUAUCGAGUUCUUCUUUAUUCUUAUUUUUCUUUUAUUCGGGCAUAUCCCACCUAGCUUGGUUAGUCGGGGCAUACCCAAGGUGGGAGGAGAUAGCGCGUGUGUGGUAGAAUAUACUACACAACAGACUAUAACCACACUCUUAAAACAAAAGCA